AUGAAAGGCGGCUCCUCCAGACACAUCAGAGCUCAGUGUCAUCCUGAGGUAGCUGCUCACUUCACCUGCACAGACAUGGCUCCCUGCUCCAUCAGUAACACCUCUAUUCACCAUACCAGGGUCUCUGAGAAAGACAGAAUCAAACUGAGAAAACCUAUUGUGGAGAAAAUGCGCAGAGAUCGCAUCAACAGCUGCAUCGAGCAGCUCAAGAUCAUCCUGGAGAAAGAGUUCCACAAGCAAGAACCCAACUCCAAACUGGAGAAAGCCGACAUCCUGGAGAUGACCGUGAGCUUCCUGAGGCAGCAGCUGCAGCCGGGCCUCUGUCAGAGCGACUACAACCAGGGCUACUCUCACUGCUGGAGGGACUCUCUGCAUUUCCUCUCAGCCGGCUCCAGCACAGAGGCCUCCAUCGCUCCUCUGCAGGGCCUCCAGCAGCAGGAGCAACAGCUCCAACAGGUCCAGAGAGCCAGCAGCUCCUCCAUAGUCUGCUCCACCCUCAGGUCCACCACACUGCAGGACAGUAGCAGCAGCAGAGGUCCUGUGUGGAGGCCUUGGUAGAGACUCUGUCAUACAGACACUCUGAGACCUGAGGGGAUCUUCUCUGUCCCUCACUAUGUAGGAAAUAUAUUUCCAGC